UUCCUGCAGGAAAAUGAUUAUCCCAGUCAGAUGCUUCACCUGUGGCAAAAUAGUUGGAAAUAAGUGGGAGGCGUAUCUUGGACUGUUGCAAGCAGAAUAUACAGAAGGGGAUGCCCUUGAUGCCCUGGGCUUAAAGAGAUACUGCUGCCGCAGAAUGCUGCUGGCCCAUGUGGAUCUAAUCGAGAAGCUCUUGAAUUAUGCCCCUCUGGAGAAAUGAGCAGCAAGUAGUAGUUGGACCCAAAAUGGACCAGAGCUUCACCAGCAAGCCUGAAAUGGGACUAUGGGGGUUAAAGAUAUACAAGCCACCUGUAUACCAGCCAGGGAGGGAUUUCACUUUCUGGCCACGGUUCUGCCCCAGUCACUAACCUCUUCCAAGGAAACCAGUGAAAGAUGAAAUCCCAUUAGUCAAGAACUGGAGUUUAAUUAAAGUCUGAAUGGCAGUUGUUUACAGUAAUCCCAGAGGGUCAAGCAGGCAGCUUCUAGAAGUUGUUUUCUGUACUUUUAAUACUUUUCCUGGCAAUAAGCUUCUGAAUAAAUUUUGUUAUAAAAAAUAA